AUGUCUCAUUCUCGACGCUUAGCUAUCCACCUACUUCUAGUCUGGCUGAUGCAUUUUGCUACAUCAGCCGUCGGAUAUCACAACCCGCUCAGUGAGAUACCAAAGACAGGCGCAGUUGCAUCUGGGGACUCCCGGUGCAGCCAAAUCGGGGCUGACAUACUAGAAUCGGGCGGAAACGCAGCCGAUGCACUGGUUGGAACCGUCUUCUGUAUUGGUGUGGUGAAUGUCAUGCACAGCGGUAUUGGUGGGGGCGGUUUUAUGCUGGUCCGCGCCGCUAACGCAACAUAUGAAUUUAUCGACUUCAGAGAAGCCGCCCCCGGUGCCGCUUUCAAGGACAUGUAUGCAAAUAACACCAACGCUAGUCUUUUUGGCGGACUCGCCAGUGGCGUCCCCGGCGACCUUUGGGGAAGUCUAGAGCAGUGCGUCAUCGAGAACGACUGCUAG